CAAAUGCCAUUUUCGGGGCAUCCGGCUCACCAGGCACGUAUCGUUGAACAACAUGAUAAGAGCAAAGUAUUUGUAGUUCUUCUCCACUCCUUCCCCCUUUCUGACAUCUUAUGUCAUGGGGAUGAACAAACAAGAAAGUUAAGAGUUAAUUUCAACUUUCCUCAAUCCGUUAUUUACUAAAACUGACGAUUCUGAGGACUCAACAAGUCUUCAAGAUAAGGUACACUGCCAAGUGAUUUUCUAUCGUAAAGACAACUUUAUAUUUUUCCUUUCCAGAACAGAUUUGGAACAUACUUACUUGGAAACUCGUUUUCCCAUCGAUCAACUUAUUGCCCGAAUCAUAGAUAUACUUCAAACUUAACGUUAACUUUCUAUGUUUUUUUUUUUUAAGUUAUUUUAAGUUUGACUAAUUUUUGUAUUUUUCUCGGCUAUGGAAGUUCAAUUCGGCCGGCGCUUAUGGAAAACUCCUUUUCCUCAGUUUUCUCAGGUAAAUGAAAAGAUACGCGAUAAUGCCAGUUCUUGAUUCCCCAAAUUCAAGUUGAAUAUUCUACACGGGUAGUUCUUUGCCAUAAGAGACUUUUUAAUCAAUACCCAAAAUUAAUAAACAAAAUAUGUGUUUGGUUUCAAUCAAACGUCAAGACGCUAACGGAAAGUCAUGUCAGCGAAAAACUGCGACCAGGGCAUAUUCAUUAACCUACAAUUUUAGGUUGUGAAAUAUUGUGCGGUAUGCAUUAUUUAAAGUUCAAAUUUAUAUUAAAAUAUUAUGGAAUAUCGAAAAUCGAAAAAUCGUUCUGAUGCUAGUUAAUCAAAGUCAUUUUGAGACUUUUAUUUGCCAUAAAAAAAGAACAUCCUUUUAUCUGAAAACGAUUGGCUUUUUAUAUAUUUUCCAUCAUCAAUUUAAAAUAUAAAACUUCAGUUCCAUUUUGUAAGUCAGUCAAAACUGAAAUUUAUUUUUACGUAGCAUUAUUUAACUUGCAGAUCAAUGAAUUUCCUGUGUUCGUCAUUUCAACAAUAUCUGUUUAUAUAUGUAUUAUUUUUUCUUAUCCUUCUUAAAUGUACACCGAGUCUUUUUCGAAGAUAUAGUGUUUAAGACUCUGGAACUUCUUAUUACAAUUUUCUCUAAUUUUAAGUGACAUUUUUGUACUAUUUUUCAAUUUUCUUUAACAGAUACGUCACGGAAUUAAUUACAUUAAGGAGCAUAUACUUCCUUUUUAACGUAUUGUGAAUAAAGUUACGUUUAUUUUAACUUGGUUGUAUCUCCGCUUUCGAUAUGAGGAAACUUCAACAACCCUCAACUUUUAUAUUUCAAAUAAAAGCGAUUCUAUGGGGUUUUUUAGAACUUUUUCUUUCCUUUUUCAUUAAAACUAUAAUCUCAGCACUAAAUUACUUUAUCGUCAGUCUCACAGAAAAGCUUUUCGUUGGGUUUAAGUUUUACUGAGGAAAAGAAGACCAAUUAGAUUAAUCUACUUUUUGUGAAAAAAAAAACAGAAGAAGAAGAACAACAAAUAAUACAUAGUACUGACAUUUCACAAGGGGUUUUUAAGAUUUGACUAUUUUUUUAUUUCUGCAACUCUUUUCAGUGUAGGAAAUAUCUUUGCAAUUGCUCGAUAACUUUCAGCUAGAAGAGACUCCUUCUAAACCAAAAAAGUCAGUAAUUAUGGAAAUAAAUAAAUUGGUUACGUUUCGCCCCACUUUUCAAAUAAUUCUGUCAGUUUUUAAUCUUUUUUACACAAUUAUGGGCAUGCACAAUUUGUUGUUGCCGUCGGGAUGAAAACUGUACAAAAUUUUAUUCCCUAAAAAAACAGUGAAAUGUUUGUCAUAAAUCUACUUUUAAAUGACUUACCUGAGAUCUCUGCUGUUUUCAAUUGUAGACACGUUUUUCGCGAAGACUUUAAACUCAACGGUGUUCUUCUUCAGUCGUUGAAUUUUGAAACAAAGACGUCCGAAACUUAAACUUUCUUAUGCGACAGGUGUAAUUUCAAAGCUAGAAAGCCCACCGUAAAUGAACUUCUUUAUCCUGUGUUUUAUAACUAUGGGCUGCUUCCCGUUUGCUUUGAUCAUCAAUACGUCCGGAAAAACAAAGCCUUUCGAAAUAAUGUUUGCAAAACGUAAUUAACUUGAACUCAUUGAAAAUUGAUUGAGUUGUUUCGUAAAUCCCAUCAGGCUAACAACAGGUAAGAUUCAGGCAAUAUUAUAUGCCAAGCUAUCCUGUAAAGUUCCAUAAAUAAAAUUUCGUUAUGAACGUUUGCGACGUAGUUAACAUGCAAAAGAGAAAGUGUUACAAAUUUACGUUACUGUUUCCAUUUUUGCUUAUUACAUAUGAUCGUUGAUCAUAUCUAUAUUGUUCAUUUUAAACCCAUGUUUUUCCCCUUGUAUUUUCACCUUCUAUCAGUAGCGUAAGAGGGCCGGCAAGGCCUUUUGCGUUUGAAACCACUUUAGAUGUCAAUAAAGAUUUCACGACUGUAAAAGAAUAGAUUGAAGCGUUAAAGCCUUAAAGAGACUCCGUGUACUAUAAGAUUUAAUGUGAUCGGUUAGUCGUUUAACCAGUAACUAACACCUGCAUGUCGCGUUCAUUUUAUUCCAUUUUAAUUUAACUUUCAACAGUUUGUUUCAUGUUUUUGUGUGGCUAGCCCUGAGAACUCGCCAAAUGCCGAAAUAGAGUAAUUUAAAAGAAUACCGUUUUCCGGCGUCAAUUUUAAGAGUGAUCUAGUUGAACACAACGUAUCUGAUAAAAAGCUUUGUCCUUGGACGCCCCCAAGUUUGAUUGAUUCAUAUUACUUUGUGGACGCUAUUAAUACUCUAAAUAUAACCAGCACAUUCUUAAGUGCCCGCGUGCGACUUUCUUUGUAGCAACAUCCAUCACGUUCACAUGCAUGAAAAUAAUGUUAGGGAACUAAUUCAGAUCCCACACACCGACGCCUCCCUUCUCAUAUUUUAGCUCGAUUUAAAUGUAAUCAAAAUUUAAUUGUAAUUCUUUACAAAUCUUAUUAUUCCGGUUUCCGCUCUAUUAUUGGACACACAAUCGACCUCAUUUACCCUUCGUUCAUUUCAUCUCCUUCUUCCGUCGUUUCCGCAUUAUUUCUUACGUCCAUUCAAAUGUUAAAAUUACAUUUCACCAGGAGUCUCAAUUCGCAAAAUAAGACGCUUUCACACUGAGACGCCAUUGAACCUGGCAAAUUGUGAAGUCUUACCAAACUUACGACAGAAGAUACAGUGCCAAAACGACAGUCAAGUUACCUGAGUCCAAAAUGUGUAGGUAAGUAAAAUUUUAUUGACGCAUUUGUUUAACUCUUGCCCUCAGGAAAACAACUCGAGUUGAAAGAUCAUCUUGAAGCGAGAAACGGACGAAACCACGUGAAAAGUGCCCCCUUAAAGCGUUUUUUUUUCCUACGACCACUUUAGAUCUUUUCCGUUAAAAUUGACGGUAACGUAGAGGCUUAAAUCUUGUGGCGUGUCUUCGAUAUAACAUGUGAAAGAGUUUGGAUAUUUGGCAACGAUUUGUGCCUUUUUUAGCAAGUUUCAUUUUAAACUAAUUACAUUAUUUAACGACUAGAAUUCUCAAAUCCGUGAACUAUUGCUUUUGAUGUUUUAACCUAAAAGCUAAAGGCAGGAAAACUUACUUAAGUGAAAAUUAGACUAAAUCUUUAGUCUUCGACCUCUUAUUAUAUUACGCGGUUUUGUAACUUUCUUGCAGUCAGUUUCAGUGUUGUCAAAUCGUACAACAAUAAAAUUUCUUGAAUGAGGCUGAACGGAUGUUCGAUUUUUACAACAUAGCUUGCAAACAAUUAACAAUCACAUGGUAGUUUAAUCAGAUCAUCCUAAAAAGCCAUUAACAGUAGUCUUACUUCAUAUGACGAAGUACCUUACACGGUAUGUGUAAAACAUCUUUUCCCAUAAUGAUUGGCGGAUAGAGCAUUAUUCAAUUAGGGGUUUAAUUCUUCGCUCGAUGCUGUUUACCAUCGACAGCAAUCAAUAAGAAUGUACUAGCUAUAUGAAAUUUUUACCUAUUAUACACCGCCAACGUGAAAGCAUUUUAAGAGAAAACGAGUGGAUACCUACGCUUUUUCGUCGACGACACGUUUAACUCGAGGGCGGUGUGGCAAGUAUUACUUACUUCCGAGUGGUCAAUCGAAGCGCACACUGUUAAAAAAAAACUCAACUUUAGUUCCAGUCAGUUAGAGGUAAAUAAGGGCCAAGGACUUAUCAUCAAUGACCCCAAGAAAAGAAAUAUGUUUCUUGUACAACUAGUGUUGCCUGAUUCUCUUAGUAUUUCCAAUAUAUGUAGUCGACCGAAUUAUUGAACGAGGCAGAGUAUGUUGUGAAUAAUUAUGCAUAUCGAGGAUAAAAUUAAUGUUAUCCAUAAUCCGAGAUCAGCAUGAUUCUUCACAUCAUACGGAGGCCGAAUUCAGCUAUAAUUCUUGAUUAUACAUUCGUAGACAUUCUUCAAAACCUUGACCUAUUUCUCGGUUACGGUUUCAGUAUAUAAAGAUAUAUUUUUUCUUCCAGAUACUCCACAAAAAAAGUAGAAAACAUCUAUUGAGCAAAAUGUUUUGCGUAUUCUUGCAUUUCUUGCGUUCAGGUUUAUUCAGAAAGUCAGCUAUUUCGUCUUCGGAUAGCCCUGAACGCCAUUUUUUUUAGUUCACUAUUUACCCAAGCAGCCUCGUUUCCAGGCAAAUGUACCUUCGAAUCGAUAGUAUAUUGCUCGCAUCUUCCAAAUAUGGUAAGCGCCAAUCAGAAACGGCACAAUAUCUAUACUGAAUAAUAAUGAACAAUUAUAGAAAGAAGCUGAGUAUGAUGAGAAGAAUUAUGGAAUGAGGAGAAUGUUAUCCACCGAGGCCGUACGCCACCUUCGCCGUUUGCACGUGUUCCGUAAAGCGUGAAGAUUUUUCUCUUUCUGGGGCCGUCUUUGCUAGGACAUUUAUUGCUUUCACUCUUCCUAUUUUACUUUUUUCAUUUUUUUUUUCUUUUAGAAAAGCGACAAACCUUUGGAUGAUCACGAUCGCCUUUGCGUUGUUAAGUCACGUGACUUGCAGCAUUUUUGAGGACAUGGGUGUGACGUGUGAGCUGGAACAAGAAUUAGUUCGAGUUUGCGAUAAUCAAGAAGUCAAGGUCAAAAAAUGCCGAGGAACAUGCCAAUCGUCGAGCAGGAUUAUAAUGACCAAACCUUGGUACAGGACCACGUGCGCUUGUUGCAAAAGCAAAAAAUCUAUCUACAAGGAAGUCUCCUGUAACGACGGCAGCGUUAAACAAAUUUUUAGCGCUAUUUCUUGCCAAUGUCAAAUGUGUAACGGAGCUUAGGGAAAAAUAUAUAUAUGGACUGGAUUAAAAUGUAUGCUACCUAUAGAAGACCGUUUUUAGAGGGGAUAAACAAUAAAUACUAUAUUUCAAUAUUUUGAACUCGAUUAAGCCGAAAAUUAUGUAACUUCUUGCAGUAGCAAAUUGGCAAAUUUAUAUUAAAUGUUAGCAGAGACUUAGAUUUUCAGUGCGUCUCAAAGACGUUAGGAGAUUUUAAUCUUUAAACUGAGAAAAUAAAGUGUAAUCGUUUGAUACUGAUUCGCCUGUUGAUAUUUACUCUUGGCUUUCACAUGAGGUCACAAAUUUCAAAAGUAAAGAAUUAUCCAUC